AUGGAGCCCCCUGCUGGAGGAAUAUGGAGGAGGAUCAAAGAGGACCACCUGCAGGAGGAUCAAAGAGGACCACCUGCAGGAGGAUCAAAGAGGAACACCUGCAGGAGGAUCAGAGAGGAACACCUGCAGGAGGAUCAGAGAGGAACACCUGCAGGAGGAUCAAAGAGGACCACCUGGAUCACAGAGGAACACCUGCAGGAGGAUCAAAGAGGAAAACCUGCAGGAGGAUCAGAGAGGAACACCUGCAGGAGGAUCAAAGAGGAAAACCUGCAGGAGGAUCAGAGAGGAACACCUGCAGGAGGAUCAAAGAGGAAAACCUGCAGGAGGAUCAGAGAGGACCACCUGCAGGAGGAUCAAAGAGGAAAACCUGCAGGAGGAUCAGAGAGGAACACCUGCACGAGGAUCAAAGAGGAACACCUGCAUGAGGAUCAAAGAGGAACACCUGCACGAGGAUCAAAGAGGCACACCUGCACGAGGAUCAAAGAGGAACACCUGCAGGAGGAUCAAAGAGGAACACCUGCACGAGGAUCAAAGACGACCACCUGCAGGAGGAUCAAAGAGGAACACCUGCACGAGGAUCAAAGAGGAACACCUGCACGAGGAUCAAAGAGGCACACCUGCAGGAGGAUCAAAGAGGAACACCUGCAGGAGGAUCAGAGAGGACCACCUGUAGGAGGAUCAAAGAGGAAAACCUGCACGAGGAUCAGAGAGGACCACCUGCAGGAGGAUCAGAGAGGAACACCUGCAGGAGGAUCAGAGAGGACCACCUGCAGGAGGAUCAGAGAGGAACACCUGCAGGAGGAUCAGAGAGGACCACCUGCAGGAGGAUCAAAGAGGAAAACCUGCACGAGGAUCAGAGAGGACCACCUGCAGGAGGAUCAGAGAGGACCACCUGCAGGAGGAUCAAAGAGGACCACCUGCAGGAGGAUCAAAGAGGACCACCUGCAGGAUCAGACCCAGAAAUAG